AUGGAAAAGGUCAGAACUUAUUUGGUACAUGAUUUGUGCAAAACAGAAGCCGAAUAUCUGUCACACCUGAGGGGAUUAGAAGAGUGUUGCAAACUUAAUGUGGUUAAAGACUCUAGACUGUUCGACCAGGGAGUAAGAGACCAACAAAUGGAGCAGCAACUGGAAAAGGGAAAGAAAUUACACGAAGUAACCUUGCAAUUGUUGAGAAAACAUGAAGAUCUUCAGCUCUGUUUGGACCAAACCCGAUCCCAGAUCGACUUACAAUUAUCAAGUUUUCUUGAUUGGCUGAACGAAAUGCUGAAAGUUUACAGCUCUUAUAUACAAUGGUUCCACCAGGACACCCACCAGCUUGCUUCUGAAGCACAUUUGAAAAGGCGACCAUUAGUUAGGAUAAGAUAUUUGCAGAAGUUCAUUUCGAAGCUCUCAGAAUGUUCAACUUGGAGAUUGGGAUACUUGAAACAGGCACUUGAUGGACUACUCCAGGCUGCAAGACAGAAAGAUGAAUCGGAAAGACAUAACUCCAAGUUUCACUCGAUUGACUUCAGUAAUGUUAAAUGUCUGGAGUCCAUGGCUGUCGUCGGUGCUACCUUUGAUUCUCAUAACAUCAGACACAGAGAUACCGCUCAAUUGAGACUAUCCCAUCCAGAGCAUGGGACGUUUGAUUACCAAAUAGAAAUCAUCGGAGUAAAGUACCCCAGUUCUGAUUCAUUGGAACAAAUUGCUCUAUGUAAUUUGGAAGAGGCUAACUCUUCAUUACUCUUCCCACCAUUCACUAAACACAGCUUAAAGCUGGGAAAAAUCUCAGAAAAUUUUAUUGUUUUGGAUCAUGCUACUAACCCGCAUAUUAACUUAACCGUUUCUUUCAAAAACUCUUAUAUGACUGACAAAUGGGCCAAGAUAUCCCAUGAUUUUUUUACUGCGCCAACUGUUGCAAGUGCUAGCAACUUCAAAGGACUUUCUAUUUUCAUUCCUGCAAGUGAGUCUUCAUUCAACAACAAGGCCUUACCACCAAUAAAGUCAGAGUUACACCAAUCCCGAAAUCUUUCUCCUACAAGUGCCAGUUCUGAGGUUAAGAUACCACAUCCAUAUUCAAGAAACCUGAAUUUGAAGGGUCUUGUAACAACUGAAGAUACAUCGGAAGUUUCGGAGGUCAAAGAGCCAAUGCCAGAUGAAACUUUUGUUUUCGAAAGAACCACCCUUGAAAAGAAGGCUUCUGAAACCAAACCGAUUAUAUACGUUAGUUCGGCUGAUACCAAGCCAUCUGAAACAAAAGACGAGCUGAGAGAGAUUGAAGUUCCAACUACUCCAGAGACCAGUCCGGAUGAUGUUUCUGAUAAAACAGAAUGCACAACACCCAAAGUUGAUCUUUCAGCUUUUGCUCAGUACAAACCAUUCAUUGAGGCGGUGUCCAAGAACGAUUCAAUUAAAAAGUCCAGAAGAAAAUCUCUUUUCAGUGCAUUUACGUUAUCAAAGAAGUCACAGAAAGAGAAACCCAAUCAACUAAAAUCGUUGUACAUUGACACCACAGAUUCUUUGAACAAACCAAUUGUAUCAGACCUCCCUCACACGGAAUCAGAAUCCAUCUAUGAGCAACAAAACCAAUCCAAUACAACACUGGGUACAACCACGACAUUUACCACUUUAAAGGCCACGGAGACUUGCAACGGCGUCAGCGCCAAUGAUACUGAAACAAUUGUCUCCAAACCUCAGAUGCAGUUGCAAGGCCCAUUUGCCCAAUCCACAGAUGAGUUACCAUAUACAGAUGAGAGAUUAACCCAAGAGGAGGAACAUUUCCUUACACACUCUAUACCAAUAAUUACCACCCAAGCCCGUAUUUGCGUAUGGAGGAAUAAUUUAUGGGAGAAUGUUGAUCCAGAGGGAAAUACUCUGACUAUAAAGGUUAAUGUAUUAUCCAAGCAAUCUUAUUUCUUAGCAUAUGAGAAGGGAGAAGAAAUGCCCUCAAUGAUGAUCUCACUUUCUUCCGAUAAGGUGAAAGCUUCCAGUUUCUCGGGACUGGAUAUUUCUCUGCAAUCGGAGUAUAAUAAAUAUCUGAUACGUUGUCAGUCCUCCAAAGCGCUCAACUCUUUGUUGAGUUCAAUAACUCGACCCCUAUUAGAGGACCCUCAACAUCAGCUUCAGCCAGCUUUGAAGAGCAAAUUAUCAUUUAUGUCGCAUGAUUCAUCAGCCUCAUCAGCAUACUUUUCCGAAGCUGGAACAGCCGCCACUUCUAUGACAUCCAUCAGCGCCAUAAACGAAGACAUUUUGUCUCUAGGAAAACCCAAUUUGAAUAUUGUCAUACCCAAAUCCCGUAACUCUUCAGCAGUUUCAUUGGUUUCUCCGCAAGACAGUUUCUUCAACAGCAACUCCAGUUCUUAUGACUCUCUGAAAUCAAAGCCAUCAUUUGAGUUACUGUUACUGAAGAAUUUCCAGGUAGCAGUGAACAACAUCAAGGGACGUUUGUUUCUUUACUCGUUGGUAAAAUCCCCAGAUUUCUUCAAGUUGGUAGUAGAUGGAACAAACGUUCAGACAAUUUUUCCAGGUUCCUGUGUCGAGUUGUUGACUCCUACAACAGUCAAACUGGGUUUGGAGGAACCAUUAACGUUACAGUUCAAGAACAAAAGCACAACUAGACAUUUCUACGAUAUUGUAAGUACAUAA